AUGGUUUCCAACGCAGAUCUUCAGGCUAAGAGCUUCAGGUUUUUGGCCAGUCUCUCUCCAUCAGAAGUGAUCCGGGUUUCCGUAUUGGAGGGUCAUCAUGUGUGCUUGCCAUGUGGGRGGUUUGCCGGCUCCAAUGUGAUCUGGACUCAUCAGAACCAGAGGGUCCUGGUGAAACGGCAGAGCAGCUACCAGACAAACCUCGACCGUCAGCGUUAUGUUCUGUUGGGUGAUGGUGGUCUCUGCAUGCUGAAGCUCGAGGACUCAGACAGUGGAGAGUAUGAGUGCAACCAGCGGCUGGUGGCUGAGCUGCAGGAUAUCCUUACUAUUGUAUAUGAGAAGCUAUGUAUUCUUGAACUGCACACUACAAUCCUUAAAGUGGUAAAAACUAAAAGUCAGUCAUCAUUCUGCUUCUGGCCUCCAGGACAUGAYUUCACUGUAUCUACAGGCAGGACGCUUCUGCUUCCCUGCAGASGCUCCUCUAAGUCUAAACACAGGUGGUUUAGACAGARAGAAGGGCAGAAGGAGGAGGCCAUCUUCACCCGUUUCAGAAAUGGUACAGGGAAAGCGGAAAUAGACGGGAGUCGCCUGAGCUACAUAAAUAACGCACUGCAGAUCACAAACCUGCAGCCAGGGGACGCUGGAGAAUAUCUGUGCAACAGAGUUCUGCAGGCAAAACUCACCGUCCUGGAAGAGCAUCUUGUGCCAUUCAGCAUCCCGUCAUCUACCACAAUAAGAACAGUCUCAGCUGUGUCAGUUGUGUUUGAAACACAGAWCCCACAAAAGAAGAGACCAGAGAAUGCUCUGCUGCUGGUCGCUGUCAUUGGUUUGGGGUUAAUGAUCGUCCUGAUCACUCUAGUCUGUAUUUUCCUCACCAGCAUGAAGUGCAGAAAGAGGAGGAGACACAGAUAUGCAGCAAAAAGACGAGAAGAGACGGAGCUGCAGCUGUGGAUGACAUAUAACACCCAGACUGAGUAUGAGGUGUUUAAGCGUCCGUCCCUGCAGGAUGACACCAUCCACUACGCCUCUCUGGGUCGACAGAGCUGGAGCCAGAGGCCCAGCUGGUCUCCMCCCGAUCAGAGCGGCAGUAAUGUUGUUUAUUCCUCGGUCAUCACCAGACCUGCAGCCAAACACACUUUCUCCUGAUCCAGUUUAUUUCUGCCAUUCUUUGUCAAACAGYACUGAGAAGUCUUUGACUCUUUGUGUCUCAAUUACUUAUAACUUUUAGCAUUUGAUUAAAGUUGUUACAACAUAAAGGACAGAAAUAUUAAGUUAUUUUCUUUUUUAUCUCCUUGAGACGUUAUGAAAAGCAAAUGAAACUGUUAAAUAUGUCAUGUUAUGUUUUUUUCUAACUGUAAAGAAAGUACUGAAAACAACAUUUAAUCAAUAUUUGUAACAAAGAGGAAUGUCAACAAGWUGCUGCAAAUCAACAGUUUUGCAUAAAAUCAGCUUUUUACUUCUAAACCACUUUAUGAAAGUUACCGUAGUUUUAUAUCAGAAACAUAUUUACAUUUGAGUUACUGAAAACAACUGACCCAUAAUUGGCAGUGGAAUACAAAUGUACACUGUAUAAAAAAUAGAAGAAAAAAAGAAAAGAAGACAAAGAAAAUGAUAUGCUGAGCUGAGCUGGUAACUUUUUCAUACAAGACAAUUUCUUCACAUCAGGAUUUUGUAUAAGUCCCUCCAUCCUSAGCGUUCAGCUUCUGCCAGCAUUAUUGCUCAUAUUUACAUUCAUGAUGUCAGUAGCUUACUGGUUAUUUAAAUGUAAAGCAGGAAGCAAAUGAAAAAAACAUUUUUACAGCAGUUACACAAACUUUUAACAGUAAAACAAAGAUGAGUGAUAUAGCUUACAUUAUACCUCAUAUGCAUCUUGAGAAUAAUGAGAUUGUGAUUCCUGGGUAUGUUGGAGAUUUGUUGUUUGUUCUUGCUGUGUUAUAGCACCAAUUCAAAACUCUUAAGAUAUCCUAUAAAAUUUUAUAUCAGCUGUUGAAUUUGUUGCUAUACUGUACUUUUAUUUACUGGAAAAAAUAUUUAUUUUUGAAAAAAAAACAAUAGAAAAUGAUUUCACUUUUAAACCCGAAUAAAGUUUCCCAAGAAUCAACAAAUGUCAUAUUAACAGUAGCUGAGCAGAAACAAAAUUAUCUAUUUUCUGCUUGUAAUCCAUUUAAGUUUUUGCGAGUGGUCACUGUAGAAUAUGUGACCAGGUCUUCUGCUAAUCUAGGUCUGGUCUUGACAGACGGGCGCGGCUUGUCUGGAUGCCUCAGASUGGAGUAAUGUAAAGA